UCGACGCCUUACGACCGCUGCGCCUCUUUCAGCCUCGUAAAACUUGGCUUUGUUCUUCAGAUUCCCGUAGACUGGGACGCCGGGCCUUUCUUUGGCAUCGGAUGAAAUGGGCGGUGAUUGUGCGAGGGCGAGCAAACGCGCAUCAUGAUGUGAAAAUCGGGGAAUGGGUCUAUGAUUGUGAAUUGAAUUAUAUUAUAUUAUCAUUAUUUUAUUGUAUUUUAUUGUAUUUUUUUUUCUCUACUUCCGGAUUUAUUUAUUCACGGCGGAGGGAAGGCUGCCGGAGUUUAUCUGCUGGGGGCCGCUGGGCAGCGUCUCUAGUGGUGGCUGGGCUGGGCGCUGGGAUUACUUGGCUUGCGAAAUGUGCAUCCAUGACUUACGACCUGACCCUUAUCCAGAUCGACAACCUCAUACUACACAUCCCCAGACCUACCCCGACAUUCAUCAUCACCGCGCGACAUCACGACGACUCGCACCCUCGACUUCUUCUUCUUCUCUUCGCACACACAAUCAAGAUCGCCAUUGAUGCGGAGGAGGCAUUUGGCAAUUGGGUUGUCGGCGCGGUUGUUUAUGCGGUCGCGCUUCCGUUCGGGUGGGGAGAGUGAAUCCAUUGCGACAAUGGUUACCGGCCCUUGACUUGGAGACAAUAGCUACCGACAACCACAAUACCAGCAGCUGCACCGUCCGAGCCCGCGACCAGACCAGACAAGAUCGAGUGGAUUGCGAUUCGGAUCUC